AUGACAGACCUUGCGGGCAAACCAGACGCCGAAAGGAUAGCGCCCCUCAAUCUACAUGUCGCGCAAGAUGUUGAGCACAUCGAAGCGCCGGUCACAUGGAAAGCCUACCUGCUCUGCGCGUUCGCCUCCGUCGGUGGCAUAUUUUUUGGCUACGAUAUUGGGUACAUUAAUGGUGUUCUUGGUUCCAGCAUUUUCAUCAAUGCAGUUAUGGGACCGGGGCACAAAGAGCUCUCGGAAAACUACUCGUCUCUGAUCGUUUCUAUUCUUUCGUGUGGGACCUUCUUUGGCGCCUUGAUUGCUGGAGAUUUAGCAGAUUGGUUCGGUCGCAAGUGGACUGUUAUUAUGGGCUGCGGUGUUUAUAUGAUUGGAGUUAUUGUUCAGAUGAUAACUAGUCCCAAUUCUUCUCUGGGGCCAAUUGUUUCUGGGCGCCUUAUCGCUGGUCUUGGAGUUGGAUUCGAAUCGGCUAUCGUUAUCCUGUACAUGUCAGAAAUUUGUCCUCGCAAAGUCCGUGGCGCCCUUGUAGCAGGCUACCAAUUUUGCAUAACGAUUGGCAUUAUGCUAGCAUCUAUCGUGGUAUACGCAACUAAAGAUCUUACUACAACCGCUGUUUACCGUAUACCCAUCGCUAUCCAGUUUCUAUGGGCAUUAAUCCUCGGUUGCGGUUUAUUAUUUCUUCCUGACUCGCCCCGAUAUUUCGUUAAGAAGGGGCAGUUACAGCAGGCGAUUGACUCGCUUUCUCGUAUUCGAGGCCAGCCCAAGUCAUCAGAAUAUAUCCUGAGCGAACUUGCCGAAAUUGUUGCCAACGAGGAAUAUGAGCGUGCUCUUAUCCCCGAUACUGCUUGGCUAGGGAGCUGGGCUAGCUGCUUUAAAGGUGGACUGUGGAAGCCUAAUUCUAACCUCCGCCGGACUAUUCUGGGCACGUCUCUUCAAAUGAUGCAGCAAUGGACUGGCAUUAACUUUAUCUUCUAUUACUCGACCCCAUUCCUCCAGUCCACUGGCGCUAUUAGCAACACCUUCCUCAUUUCCCUUAUCUUCACUCUUAUUAAUGUCUUCUCUACACCCUUGUCGUUCUGGACUGUUGAACGGUUUGGCCGCCGCAAAAUUCUUCUCGUUGGCGCCACGGGGAUGCUCAUUUGCCAGUUCCUCGUUGCGGCAAUCGGAGUGUCCGUUGGGUUUAAUCAUACCCACCCGGACCCUAGUAAGCCUGGUAAAGAUAUCGCAAAUAACAUUCCUGCUGUUAACGCACAAAUUGCCCUAAUUGCUGUUUUUAUCUUCUGGUUUGCAUCUACCUGGGGCCCAGGGGCCUGGAUCGUUAUCGGAGAAAUCUUCCCCCUUCCAAUUCGAUCUCGUGGCGUUGGCAUGUCUACUGCGUCUAACUGGCUUUGGAAUACUAUCAUUGCGGUCAUAACCCCUUACAUGGUUGGUAAAGAUAAGGGCAACUUGAAAUCGUCGGUCUUCUUUAUUUGGGGCGGUCUGUGUACAUGUGCCUUGGUUUACACCUACUUCUUAGUCCCUGAGACGAAGGGUCUGUCCCUGGAGCAGGUGGAUAAGAUGAUGGAGGAGACUACACCCCGUCACUCUGCUAAGUGGAAGCCUACUACGACCUUUGCUAGUACGGUCGGUACUAGUGAAAUCCUUGAGCAAAAGAUUACCAAUCUUGCCGAAUGA